AUGCUUGGCAAAUAUCCCGAAGAUGUCAAGAAUAUUGCCGCUGGCAAUCAGCACGGGAGUUUUGUCAAUGGGUCAACGAGUACGUGUGAGGGUGGGGAAAGAGAUGACAGCCGAAAAAGACAAAGGUUAGGAGUUGAUCAUCACACACAUAUGGACUCUAGCGAAAUGGAUGAAAAUUAUGCGCCGUCGUUUGCACCCAGUCCACAAGGCCGCUUCAAUCGACCUACGUGUGGGAAGCGUCGUUGUUCCGUUAGCGGCGAAUCGUUCGACCCAGCAAAGUCAGCGUUACCAACACCAAUCCACAAGACUGCAACUAUCAAAAAACAGAUCGAAGAGGCAACUCGGCAGAAUUUGCUUUUUAAGAAUUUGGAUCCUGAAACUAGAGAACAUAUCUACGAUGCCAUGUUUGAAAGAAACGUGAUGGCAGGCGAAUGUAUUAUCAAACAAGGCGAACCUGCCGAACUCUUUUAUGUUGUCAUUCAUGGAUUGUUCUGCGUCUACGUAAACGAUACAUUCAUUACCUCUGUUGGAACUGGCGGAUCGUUUGGUGAACUCGCAUUAAUGUACACGAAUCCGCGUACUGCCACAGUAAAAGCCAUGACGAAUGGGACACUGUGGGCGGUAGAUAGAGCCACCUACAAUCGUAUAGUAACAAAAAUCGCCUAUAACAGAAAUACAGUGUACGAGAGCUUUCUCCGCAGCGUAGAAAUAUUCAAAUCGCUAGAGUCUGAGGAAAUAACCAAGCUCGCAGAUGCUAUGGAAGCAGUCGACUAUGAGGACGGCGAGAUGGUCGUUUGUCAAGGAGAGGCUGGGGAAUUGUUUUACGUUAUUGAAGUCGGGUCUGUGGAUUUGGUGAAGCACGAUGGAAGACGAGAGAUCCGGUUACCAAGUCUUGGACCCGGAAAGUAUUUUGGUGAACUUGCCUUGCUAAACGACACUCCACGUCAAGCAACAGUCAAAGCAUGUGGAUCUGUUCGCCUAAUUACUUUGAAACGUGAUGCAUUCCAUCGUCUUCUAUCAACGACGGUCAUAGAAAACAUGCGUCGCCAUGCUAAAUCAUACAAUAAUGUUUCGACAUACAGUGGGGCUGGAGGUGUGAACGUGUUGCACACAACUUAG